CUGCAAAGACGUAUUACUUUACGGCAUCACUGGGCCUUCCGUUUAUGUUUCGCGGAACGUUUAGCACCGAACAGUUGGAGAGUGCCAAUAUCUUUUAAAUUACAAUGGGAUUAGAGCCAGAAGUAGACAGGACGCUCUACAUAAGAAAUUUAGACCCACGAGUGACAGAGGAACUGUUGUUCGAGCUGUUUUUACAGGCGGGACCUCUCAUCAAAACUAUAAUUCCAAAGAGUGCGGAUGCGCAACGGAAGACCUUUGCCUUUGCCCUUUACAAACAUGAAGUGUCCGUACCAUACGCCGUGCAGCUACUUAACGGAACGCAGCUCUUUGGCAGAAAAAUCUCUGUGCAGUUCAGAUCAGGUAGCAAGCAUGGAACUGGCAACAGUCCGGCAAACCCACAAAAUUCAAUUCCUGCCAAUACUCCAAAUCCCCAUGGCCAGAGGACCCCAGUUCAGCUGAAUUCUCCACCAUAUACUCCACCCCAGCUGCAGAGGUCCUUCUCCUCUCCUGACAAUCUGCAGAAGCAUGUCACGAUGAACAACAUGAUGUUGCAGCUUCAUAUGCAGCAGCUUGAACAGUUAAACAGCGCCUUCUCUAAGCCUCUGCAGAGGCAGCCGUAUCCGGGUGGGAACGGAGGUGGUUCAUGGCAACACGAUAACCCUCAUCGGCACCAUCCAUCCCAGAUGAACAGCGGUGGCAGAAACCAGCGCUACGGUGAUGAACCAGGUUCUGGUCACCACCGGGACAGCUAUCACCACCAGAAUGAUAGAAGCAGCAGUCGUCACUAUGACAACAGGGGCAGCAACAGGCAUCACGAUGACAGGGGAGGCAACCGCAACUACCAAGAUGGCAGAUGGAGAAAAUACUGAGGCAUGUUAAGGAUUUCCGGACUUCAGUUUUUUCAAAUCUGUGGACAGCUUGCUUUAGAAAAUCAUGAGUUAUGUUGAUAUAAUUCCCACAUCCACUCAGGUUGUUUGUACAUGACUCCACCGAUUUUGGGGAUUUAUAUGAAAUAUGCCUUAGAGCUUUUCUUUUUUUGGUUUACUUUUAAGGUGUUUUUAAACUUGUACAGUACUUUAAUGUGAGCUUUUCCUCACAGAUGUCAUCGAUAUUUUGAAGUUUCGUGCGGGCAAGGACAAAAGUUAGACCUGAUUAGCAAUGACAUACAAUAUGGAUUACAAAAAAUUGUUGGAAAGUGGCUUGUUUUGUUAUGCAAAUUGUCUUUAAAUGGUGCUUCCACAAUUUUGGAUUCUUCAGGUAUUUUGCAAAAAAAAAAAAAAAAAAUCCAGAUUUUCAGCUAAAGAUUUCACCAGCACCAAUUUGUGCACCAGAGCACCAUCCUUUCUUAUCGAUAAGCAGUUGUCCUUGCUCCUUCUGAAAACGUGUUUUAUUUUAUUUUUAACUGGGUCUGUAAAAGAAAGUCACAAUGUUUUAAAUGGAACACUUUCAUUAUUAUAAAGUUCCUUUCAUCUGA